AUGGCUGCAUUUAAGCCUUUUCUGCUCUUUUUGGACACUGUUUCCAGUGCUGACGCAUUUGUAGAGAAUGUAGAAGAAUAUGAUAAUUUAGAAUUUAGAAUGGAAAUCUUAGAAUCUCAUUUAUCGAGAAUGAUGAUAGUAUUCAACUGUAUUUAUCACUUACCUAAUGUCAAUAGAACACAAAUUGAACGUGUGUCAAAAGUAAUGACAUCUUUAAUUAAUUUAAAGACCGUGACGUGGAUAGCUAUGAAAGGCCACUCACAAAGUACAAGUUACUCGCAAGUGCAUCAUAGUACUGGCAUUAAUGAGCUGAGGAGAAAGGGUAUUCACAAUAUUAUUUUUGAAGACAAAUGA